AACUUUGCUGGGACCCCUCGGAGCCGUCGGCUGCGCUGCGCUCCCCGCUGCUGCCAGGCGCCCCAGCCUCGUCUCCUCCUCCGAGCCAUGGCGGAGCACACGGUCAUCACCAUGCACGGCGCCGGCCCCGAGAAGGGGCUGAGCCGGGACCCCCCGCGCGACUACCUGCUGCUGUCGCUCUUCAACAUCCUGCUCCUGGGGAACCCCUGCUGCCUGAGCUUCGCGGCGCUCGUCUACUCCGUCAAGUCCAGGGACCGGAAGCUGGUUGGGGACAUGGACGGGGCCUUGACCUACGCCAAGACCUCCAAACAGAUGAACGUCUGCGCCAUCGUGCUCAACGUGCUGCUGCUCAUCAUCUUCCUCAUCCUCUUCUUCCUCUACGUGAUCCCCGUCCUCAAGAACCUGUACCAGCCGCACUAGGGGCCCCUCCCCCGCCUGCUCCCCAGGCCCGGAGCCCCUGCCGAGCCCCUGCCAGCCUCUCCCUCCCCCAGAAUGCUCAGUGCCCGGGCAAAGGCGGCACAGAAUAAAGCUUGUGGAAUCA